AUGUUAUUUCACCUCAUUUUUCUGGCGUUCAUUUUUUUGCCAUUCAGAGUUUCUGCGUUUUACUUUUAUGGUUAUGGUGGGGACCGAAAGUGCUUCCUUAAAGAACUAUCUAAAGACACCCUUCUAAAAGUUUCUUACAAUUUGGGAGUUUACGAUGGGAAGUUGAUAGAUUAUGCGCUUCCCAGCAGUAAUGAUUACGGCAUAGUUAUAGAUGUGGAAGAAGUCUUUGAUAAUAACCAUAGAGUGGUCCACCAACAGAAUUCUCCUUCUGGAAACUUUGAAUUUCUAGCUUUAGAGUCUGGGGAAUAUAAGAUUUGUUUUCAAUCUCAGGUAAAGAAUUGGGUAGGUAAAACUAAAACAAAACUGGAAGUUGAAUUUGAAAUCGGUUUAGGAGAGAUGCUGAAGUUGAAAGAAAAAGAUGCUUUGAAAAGCUUACACGGGAGAAUCGGUAUACUGACUUCUAAAAUUAUGGAAAUUAGAAGAGAGCAACAACUGGUGAGGGAACGUGAAGAAUCUUUUAGAGAUAUAUCUGAAUCUGUAAACUCUCGUGCAAUGUGGUGGAUAGUAAUUCAAGUCAUUCUUCUCAUUUUGAUUUGCGUAUGGCAAAUGAAAAGCUUACGUUCGUUUUUUUACAAGCAAAAAAUCUUAUGA